CUUAGCCUCACACACUCCUUUGAUGUGGUGGAAAUGAAGUCCAAGCUCGACAUUGAAUAUUAAAAAUCUCUUGUUUUUUGCAUCGGAAUCAGAGGCCAUUUGUGCUUCGCGCAGAUUUCUGGGAAAUGUAGUCGCCGCGUCUGUGACGUCACAAAAAGCCAGGCAAUCUCAUUCCUGCUUCGGUGUCCACGUGUGCGUCUUCCUCAAGAGGCCCGUCUGUUGCGCAUUCCGGUUGCAUCUCUGACAUGGAGGAAAUGUUGUCCUUCUCAGAUGUGGCCAUUGAGUUCUCUCCAGAAGAGAGAGAAUGUCUGGAGCCUGCUCAGUGGAAUCUGUACAGGGAUGUGAUGUUGGAGAAUUACAGCCACCUUGAGUUCCUGGGUCUUGCUGUCCCUAAGCCACACCUGGUGACAUUUCUGGAGCAAAGACCAGAGCCUUCAGAUGGGGAGAGACAAGCAGCAGCCACCGUGCACCCAGGAACAACACCCGAAGAUGAUAGCAUUUUCUCCGAGGCCACUGAUCAUAACUCACUACAGAUUCAAUGCCAGAGAAUUCAUAAAAGGAUUAAAACCUACAAGUGUGAAGAAUGUGGUAAGGCCCUUAGUUCUUAUAAAGCGCUUUCCACACACCAGAGACUUCACACUGGAGAAAAACCCUACACGUGUACAGAAUGUCACAAGGCCUUCAAUACUCCUGGAGCACUUUUUAUACACCAGAAAGAUCAUACUGAUGAGAAAACCUACAAGUGUGGAGACUGUGGCAGAUCAUUUUACUAUCUUUCAAUGCUGAAGCAACAUCAAAGGAUUCAUUCUAGAGAGAAACCCUACAAAUGCGAAGAAUGCGGCAGAUGUUUUUUCUCUUUUUCAUACCUUAGACAACAUCAAAGAAAACAUUCUGGAGAGAAACCAUUCAAGUGUGAGCAGUGCGGCAAGUGUUUCUGCUUCACAUCAUCCCUUCGGCGACAUCAAGCUCUACAUUCAGAAGAGCAUCCCUAUAAGUGUGCUGAGUGUGGCAAAACUUUUUCCUCUUUUACCUACCUUCAGGAGCAUCAAUUAUUUCAUACUGGACAGAAAUCUUACAAGUGUGAAGUGUGUGGCAAAUGUUUUUACUUGCUUUCAUCCCUUCGGCGACAUCAAACAAUACAUUCUGAAGACAAGAUCUACGACUGUGAAGACUGUGGCAGAAGCUUUAGCUCUUCUUUAUCCUUUAGGCGACAUCAAACAACCCAUUCAGCAGACAGUCCUUACACCUGUGUACAUUGCGGCAAAUCGUUUUCCUAUUCUAGGGAUCUUCAGGAUCAUCAAAGAGUUCACACUGGAGAGAAACCCUACAAGUGUGAGGAGUGUGACAAAGCCUUUCAUUAUCACUCAUCCCUUAAGACACACAGGCGAGUUCAUAUGGAAGAGAAACCCUACAAGUGUGAGGAGUGUGACAAAGCCUUUCGUUGUAACUCGUCCCUUAGGAGACACAAGAGAGUUCAUAAUGGAAAGAUACCCUACAAGUGUACAGAGUGUGACAAGUGCUUUUGCUCAUCUGUAAUCCUUAGACGCCAUCAGAGAAUCCAUUCUGAAGACUGUAAUUAUACCUGUGUACACUGCAGCAAAAGGUUUUUAAAUUCUAAGGAUCUUCGGGUUCACCAAAGAAUUCAUACUGGAGAGAAACCGUACAAUUGUGAAGAAUGUGACAAGGCCUUUCAUUGUAACUCAUCCCUUAGGAGACACAUGAGAAUUCAUUCUGGAGAGAAACCGUACAAGUGUGAAGAGUGUGACAAAGCCUUUCAUCUUAACUCAUCCCUUAGGAUACACAAGAGAGUUCAUACUGGAGAGAAACCCUACAAGUGUGAAUACUGUGACAGAUGCUUUUCUUCGCCUUCAUCCUUUGUACGACAUAAAAGAAAACUUCAUUCUGAAGAGGACCCCUAAAAUUUCGGGGAAUGUAACAAAGCCUUUAUUAAUCUCAAUAUCCUUAUUCAACACAUGAUAUAGCUAAUGCGGGGGAGAAGUCAAACAAAUGUCUUAAAAAGUUUACUUCUUCAAACCUUAAAACACAUCAGAUGUUUCAUUCUGACUGCAAACUUCGUGAGUGUGCGAAGUGUUUGUUUGGAAAGUCUUUGUCAACAAAUCAGGUAUUAUCCAACUGAAAUAAAUACAUAUGGAUAAUAUUAAGUUAAUCGUAUCAGAAUGUCAUCAGAGAAGAAUAGAGACUUCUCUUUGCUGUAACUUCCAACAGUUUAUUCAAGCAAUGUGUUUGGAACUUGCCUUUAUUAAUAAUCUCUAUCUUCGGUAAUUAUAAAUGCUCCACUAAAUCUUUACCAUGUCAGAGCUUUGUCCAUUGGUUGCCCGGAAUCUGAGAUCUGAAUAUUUACUAUUGUUUUUCCCAGUGGAAUCAUUCAUGCUCCUGCAAUAUCUCCUCUUGGUGUAUAAUUAAAAUAUAGCUGAGCUAGCAGUUUUUCAUCCCAUGUUUGACUCUGGAAUCCUUGUUGCUUAUAUAAAAGGACAGAGACAGAGAUAAAACAGCAUGAAUGCUCUUGCCAUCUAAGACAUCCACAGCAAGGCAGCAGCUGUGGCUGCAGAGGUGCAGCCAUCGGCUGAGGUAGUGAUAGUUUCAGGUGCAGCUGCUGUGCCUCAGAGAAAAACAGCAGUGCCCAUAGAGCAACAAUGGCAUUAAAGCUCUGGGGUAACCAAUCAUUUUCUGACUGCAUUUGAAGUUCCUUGUACAAACUGUAACUCAUGUGAUGUUGAUUUGGUGAUAAACUUGUGGUGAUAACUCCUAGGGAGGAUUUGACGCUGUCCUUCUAAUGAGUGGACAGUAACUAAAUGAACCCAAGUUCUCAACUUUAUACCCACAGUCAGGCACCUCUCAGCCCUCACCAGAAUGUAUUAAUUGUGUGGUAGAUGGAGAAGACUACACAGAUGCAAAAUGAUCAAAGUGUGGAGAAUAUUCCUCUGUGGAGGCCCUAAUCCAUAGGUGACACCUGCAUCACACAUUGUGUUUUCCCUUGCACACAUCUGAAGCCAAAAGUUAUGGAGAAGAGUUGGAAAGAAUGUCAGAGCCAGGUACAGAAGAUGUGUGCCCUGAAGCAGUAGAAAUGUUGAGACAUUUCUAGAACAGUGAAACAUUGAUAGAAAUGUUAAUACCAAUUAAUGCAUGAACACCCUAUGACUAUGACUACGUGGAUAACACUAAUAUAAGCUGAACCACAGCAUACGACAAGCGUGGUUGCAUCAGCCCCUCAUUGUCUGACCUCAGUGGAGGAGCUGUUGGCAGUUGCUGAGUUCUGAGGGAGACAAUCUGGUUACCUUCCAGGUUCCAGUCAACUCACCUAUACCCCCAAACAUUGAGGAAACAGUAAGUGCAUUGAAGAAAUAACAAAGAAAAAGCCCAGUGAGUUGUGAGUGUAACAUAUUUUCAAGGGUAAGAAAUAAGAGGUGAAGGAAUGUGGACUUUUAAAUAAACGAUGUAACAUCCGUGUAUUAAAUUCUCCAAAAAAAAUAUGAUUGUAAAGCUUGUUGGUUUUGUACAUGCCCAAACCUGUUUCAGCAGAGAUUACAGCACAUGAAUUUGGCUGUCAUUUCCAGAGGGUCAGCAUCCUACUGGGAAGGCCGCACGACAGAGCAAAUGAGAGGACUCCCAGAAGGGCUCAGAUGCUGAGGACUAAGGCCUGCAUCAGUGUAACCUCAGGAAAGAGACUGGGAUGGCUUUGCAGAGAUGAGAUGCGGCCAGAUUCACCUUGUUUCCUCUAGGCUUUGCCAUGGGUACAACAGAGGAAAGUUGAACAGCAGCUUCUCCACGGCACAGCUUUUCCUGCUACAGCUGAAGAUCAAAAAGCAUGCAUUCAGCUUUUCAUCAACACCGUUUAAGUGUUUCAUGGCAGGACCUUUUAAAAGAGCUGUAAGGUUUACAGCUAAAGCUGAGUUAGGAAGUCUCCUUUAAACGAGAGCGCUUGCUUGCCUCUAGCAAGCAGAGCAGACCCAAGAAGUUGCUGCUAUCAAGAAGCCAUGCUUUAGUGGUCACCUAGCUCUUCGAUAGUGAGACAAACUGACUCCAUCCAAAGCGAGUGGUCAGGAUAUGCUGAUAUUCUGCUCCUUUGUAAUUUGGAAGGUCACCUGGGAAAGAGGUGUUAAUUCAGUCUGUGUGACAGAGUAGACAUAGCAGGAAGAUCGAUAGGUAGAUGUGACAAAAUGGGCAUAGAAGGGUGUGGAUGUGACCACAGUCAUUUCCCCGGCUACCUAGGAAACAGAAUGCUAAUGAAUUUCCCCCUCACUUUACGUUUUGGUAAACUAUUAGGAGGACAAAUGUGGGUAAGAUUGUUCUGGAUGUGAAUUCAGGAUUUCAUGAAGGAUCCCUGAAAUCUGUCUCCUGUAAAAUUGUUGAGUUUGUCUUAAUUAUUCCCACACCUCCUCAGGUUAAGAAAUAAUUUAUGGUCCAGGGUGAUACCAGAACCUGGAAAAAAAAAAACCCUAGAGUUUGAAAUAAAAAACAUUUGCAUGUGAAAAUUAACAAGACCUGUUAACAACUACUUUGUUGUGGAAUAUUAUUUUAACUAGCCAAAAGUGUGUUACAAAGGUGUUUAUGCUGUGCAAGAUUAUUUGAACUGUGUAAAACAAAUGUGUGACAUUUGUGUCUGGUGUCUUUGUUUACAAUGCAUUUGUUUUGUAAACAUUUGUUUCUGCUGCCUGUUUAAGAUACGGGAUUGGUUUUAUAAAAGUUGAAUGGCCAAUAGCUAGGCAGGAGAGCAAUGGGCGGGGCUGACAAGCACAGAGAAUAAAUAGGAGAAGUCUAGGCUAGAGAAGAGAAGAGGAUAAGGAAGAAAGGGGGGCAUUCAGGGGUCAGAAGUUGAGCAGCAUGCAGACAGUUAUGGAGACAGCAGGAAAUAAAUACAGAAAAAGAACAGUAAAUAACGCCGUAUCAAAACAUAGAUGAACAGAAAUGGUGAAAUAAUAAAAGCUAGCAAGAAAUGAGCUUAAGGUAUGACCAAUCAUUCAUCAAUACUAAGUCCCCUGUCAUGAUUUGGGAGCUGAUUGUUGGCCCAAGAGAAAGUCUCUUGCACCACAAAUCCUGAACUCUGUACAGUUAGAACGGACAUUCAGAACAGAACCUGAGGCAUUCACAUUGGAUUUGGCACUGUCUGCACUGAAUAUAUUUUAUGCCUUUGUACCACCCCAUGAAAACUAAAAUCCAUGGCCAAGGUGGAACCUGAAAAUCAGUUGCCUUAAGUCCUCGUUCACAACCCACGCUCGUUAUUUGCUUUAAAUCCAUCUUCAUCCCCAAAAAGUUAAUCUGCAUCCUCUUUUCUACUUUACACACUGAACCCACAUAUGCAUUUCUUCACAUGUAUGUUUUACUUUCAAGAUUCAACAUAUUAGG